AAUUUGACUGUGCCUGCUGCCAACUAGCAUGGAAGUUGCUGCCAUCCCACAGGCAGAUGAUGAGGAUUGGAGUGUUGCCAACAUUGCAGCCUUCGCCGAUGUGGCAGCCAAACAUGCGCAGUCGUUGGCACAAUGGCACGAUCACUUGUGGCGUCAAAUUGUUGCGGCCUUUCUCUGCGACGGAAGCUUCUGUCGAUUUUUUGGCACAUGUUUGUGUACGAGUCUCAGUUCACGUGCGCAAGUCUUGCUGCUGCUUCAGGCAGCGCUGCAAAGAAAAGUAGACGAUCUGGAGGGGUGGAAGAAAAAGACUAUGGAUGACAUCUCAAGGCUUCGCUUUGAGCACAAGGUGCUUCGUCGGCAGGUGGCCUCAGCACCAGCUGCAACAAAGCGUUUGCAAGAUGUGAAGCCUGUAGAUGAGUCCAAGCAGGUCCGAUUUGCAGCUGAGGCGGACCAAAGCGUGGAAGAAAAUCAGGACGUUGAACCUCAGCUUGCGAGCAGCUUCAUCGCAACGGGCGACAGUCAAAUGUCAGACUGCUGCCAGCUGGAGGGCAUCAACAUCAACGUGGCAACCGCCGAUGGCACUCCCAGUUGCAUUGCCGAAUGGAGAAUAGGACAUUUGUCCACCAAGCUGCGGGGAUGUAUGGGACGAGCUUUGGUGUCCCCUCCCUUCUCAGCUUGUGGCUUGCAGGACCUUCGAUUGAUGGUUUUCCCGGAUGGCAAGGAGGUAGUGAAAGGGCCUAGAAGUCGCCGACAGAAAGAGUUGUACACAAAGAAAGUAACAGAAGGGCCGCUGGAUGGAUGCCUCAAGUUGAAAGUUCCCCAAUGUCCGCCGCCACAUGUCAUCGAGUACUUUCUGUAUGUAGGCUCCGUCCGUUGCGGACCUUUCUCCCACAACUUCGGGGAAAACACCGUGAACGGAUGCUCAGACUUUGGAGUCGACUGGUUGAAGCAGGUAGACGCUGACCAAAGCCUGACUGUGAAAGUCGAGCUCCUGAAAGUUCAUCAGGCAUCCCAAGGAUCAUGAGUCACCAGUGCUCCCAUUCUUGUCUCACCUGUAUUUAACUUGGCCAAAGCUACAGCCAAAAAUAAUCAUCGCAGCAUUGAAAA